UCUACAUCCGACCAUUGAUACCCCAAGACCAAGAUACAUAUUUGUGUCCGUUUGUAGAACUAAUCUUAGAGUGCAACCUAUAAUUUUAUGACACAGCGUUGUAUGUCAUACGCGUUCUGUAAAUCGUUAGCGUUUGAACGCGUGAGAAACGGGUCGAGCGUACACCGGGAACUACUUUCUGAGAGCCGCGCUGCGCCUUUCUCUCCUUACUCGCCCGUGCCAGUCCGCCAUCUUGAAUUUUAAUGUUAAUUUCUUUAUUUUAAAAAAAAUGGCUUUUCCUGCGAUGUUUACGGCGCUGUUUUUAAUCUAAAUGACUCUCAAGGACGUUCACUUCGUCGCACGGCUAUCUGACGAGAGCUCAUAUUCUAGACCCCAGUCUUCCCAACGCAAGCUUUUUCAUCUUGGCGACUAAAUGCAACUGGACCAGGGGGAUUGUGGGCAUGAAGUGGCUUGGUGAAUCCAAGAACAUGGUAUUAAAUGGCCGACGACAUGGAAGCAAAUUGACCAGCGAGCAACCUGUGAGCCAGAGCCAAUCUCGCUCUCAGCAUUCACAGCGGGCAUCCCUGCGGCUCAACAAAACCCACCCGAGGAACCGAAGAUGUAGCCGUAGGUUUCAUGCAACUAAUCUGGAGGCUGAGAGGCGAUAUGUGCCAACUUCAGGAAUGACUGCUAAGGAGUUAUGUGAGAAUGAUGACCUGACCACAAGCCUUAUACUAGAUCCAUACCUGGGCUUUCAGACACACAAAAUGAACACUAGAUUUCGACCAGUCAAGGGACGUAACGAGGAGCUGAAGGAAAUCAUUGAACGCUUCAAAAAACAUGAUAACUUGGAGAAAGCGUUCAGAGCUUUGACUACGGGGGACUGGUCCCGAAAUCUUUUUGUUCAUAAAACAAAAUCUCAAGAAAAGCUUUUCAAACAACAUGUUUUUGUAUAUUUGCGGAUGUUCGCCACUGACAGCGGCUUUGAGAUACUUCCAUGUAAUCGCUAUUCUUCAGAGCAAAAUGGAGCUAAAAUUGUGGCAACAAAAGAAUGGAAAAGGAAUGACAAGAUUGAGUACCUGGUGGGAUGCAUUGCUGAACUGUCAGAAAGUGAAGAGAACAUGUUGCUCCGACAUGGAGAGAAUGACUUCAGUGUCAUGUAUUCCACCCGCAAAAAUUGUGCACAGCUCUGGUUGGGACCUGCUGCUUUUAUCAAUCAUGAUUGUCGCCCAAACUGCAAGUUUGUGUCGACAGGGCGGGACACAGCCUGUGUGAAGGUGCUGAGAGAUAUUGAACCAGGAGAGGAGAUUUCUUGCUACUAUGGAGAUGGCUUUUUUGGGGAAAACAAUGAAUUUUGUGAAUGCUACACCUGUGAACGACGUGGCACUGGUGCUUUCAAAUCUAAAGCUGGACUGCCUGUCGAGGUUCCAGUGAUCAACAGCAAGUACGGGUUGCGAGAGACGGACAAACGUCUGAACCGACUGAAAAAAUUAGGAGAAGGAAACAGGAGUUCAGACGGUCACUCAGUAGGCUCCCACACAGACGUCGACUCUCAGGAAUCGCCAAAAUCGCAUCAAUCUGCCAGAAAAAGAUCGUCUGGCCUCAAGUAUAAAAACCGGACUCGAACAAGACAGACUUUGGCAAGAGCCCUCACUACCUCAUGUUCAAAACAAGGACGUGUAAAUAAUAAUAGGGUACCAAAGAGACUAAAAUCCCAAUCCAAGCCUUCACUAAGUAAAGUCCAGUUGCGGAGUCGCAGAAGGGGGGCAGAACCUAAGACGUUGGCCAAAGGUGAGACUUGCCAGCUGGGUCUCAGGGACUCAAAGGUGUCACUGUGUAAAGGUGUUACUGUAAAGAAGGAAAAGGAUGGGACGGCAUUGGUCCAGCAGACACUUGGCCCACAGGGCUACUUGACACGUCACGCUGCCAAGGAAAAUGUCAACAUACCAGUUGUGCAACACGGUAAGGGUUGCCUGUCAGCAUACAGAACUCGCAGGUCCACAAGGACUCUGGUCAAAGCCCAAGAAACAGCAGGUGGUAUAAAGCUGGAGUCUGGUGCAAUGCGCAGCAUGAGCCCAGUCUCUGGUGGCGUAGUCAUUAAAACUGAACCAUUAGACAUUGAGUAUCUCCACCAUGGGAUCAGAAUGGAGCAGCCAGCUUUAGCUCCCGGCUAUGCCCAAAGAGACACAUGCACAAGACGAAAACGGACCGAGCGAAUGAUUAAAUGUGAAGGCUCUUAUGGGGAGUCGUUUAUGCCAGUGACGUCUGGUCACACCAACAGUUACUCCGACUGCGGAAAAAUGCUGUUGAGCUUCUCUGACCGCCAUAGGGACUACAAUGGGGUCACCAACGGCCACAAAGCCCUGCGCAGGGACAAGGGAAGUAGUAGCUGUCGAUCACAAGACAAGGGGAAGAAAAAGCGCCGGAUCACUCGUUAUGAUGCGCAGUUGAUUCUGGAGAACACGACGGGCCUCCCGAAACUGACGCUCCGCCGGCGGAGAGACAGUAGCAGUAGCAAGAACAACGACCACAAUGACGUCAUUGGUUCUUCUAGUCUUUCUGCAUCGACAGUCAACCCCGCCUCUUCCAGCAAGAUCAGCAUCAAGUUCAGCAAGGACCAUGACAAGGACAAAGGCAGCUCUUACAUCGCCAAACUGAAUAACAGCUUUGCCCCGGUAGUCCACAGCAACUCCACCAAGCUGAAGAUCCAGCUGAAGAGAGAGGAUGACGCACGGAGAAUAUCUCAGAUGAAAGCGGACCAGGUGUCCUUUAAUGGCGACACAGGGCCAAGUCUUGAUGCCAGAAAUGGUGGACAUCGGACCCAAAAGAUCAUGGCUGAGCCAUCAUCUGAAGAUGAGAACGAUGAGGAUGGCGACGAUGAUGAUGAAGAUGAUGAUGACGACGACUACUUUGACAAUGAGUUUGAAGAUGAUUUCAUUCCGCUUCCCCCGGCAAAACGCCUGCGACUCAUUGUGGGUAAAGACUCUAUUGACAUUGAUAUCUCCUCCAGGAGGAGAGAGGAUCAGUCUUUGAGACUCAACGCAUAAACUGGUGGAGCUCAUCACUCCUUUUUCUGUAAAUAACAAAAACUAACUAAUCAGCAUAAGUUGUGUUGAUGUAAAUGAAGUACAAACAAAAUUGUCCGAAAACAAACCUGGGGUUGUAUUCAUAAAGAGUCUUGAGUGUUCUCAGAGAGUUCUUCAAGUUUGUGUAACAACAUCAAAACGUAUCUGGCUUGGGAGGAAAGUAUCACACAUUACUUUAUAGACUGGAGAAGAAAUACUUCAAAUAAGUCACAUAACAUGUUUUGUUAAGUACUCUAAAUGGCAUAGCUCUUUUCAUUGACACUUAAAGGAGGGAAAUUACGUUAGUAGCUCUUUUUAGCUGAGCUCGAGAAUAAAUCCUAAAGACGGCACUGAAAACCACUAGAAUAUUAAACAAUUAUAAAUUGAAAUUAUAAUCUCUUUAAAAUAACUUUCCUCUAGUUCUUUUUUUUUCUUUGCAAGGAGAGGAUUGAUUUUCCUAUUCUGUUAAAUGGAGCUGCUCUUAGCACUUUGAUUCUUUAUGAAUAUCAUCUAUAUCGCGACGAGAAGGUGCUGUUAAACCAAAACAAAUCUCUGUGCUCAAAUUAUGGUCCUUUUAAUACAUUUUCUGUUUUUCUGUAUGCAUUUGAUUAAACUUGCUUUACAGCAACGCUGAGUUAACAGAGCAUCAACUAGUCAGUUGCAAUGUUCCUCGCUCGUAGUUUGAACAUCUGUUUGUUGUGUCAUCUCGCAUCAGGAAGUAAUCACCUGACGCAAGACUUUGUCGUCCCUUCCAAACAACAUCCUCACUGAUCCUAACCAAACUACACAUUAAGGCACGCUGGUUAUCUCCUUCAUUAUACAUCUGCACAAUGUUUUAAUAGGCUUUUUAAGCUAGUUGGCAUACAUAAGUAUGUGUUGUUUGGAAGGCACUUCAUCUUUUGUAGUUUGUUGUGUAUUGUUGCCCUUGCUAAAGAUACUACUUGCUAUCAGCAGAAGAAAAAACGCUUGCUUUCAAGUAAAAGCUGCUCAUAUGUGCUGUCUUAACUUACUAUGCAGAUCAUUUUCUUUGUUUUUUCCCCCAGAGAUAUUGUUUAAUGUUCAACAAUCCCUUUCAGUGAAUUUGUUGUAUUCAUAACGGACAUUGAUAUUGUAGAAAGUGUACAGUAUGGUGAUGAUCCCUCUGCCUUAAAGGCAGGUUUUUAUUGCUUUUCUCCCCCCUUCAUACAGUAUGUUUUAUUUUGGCAGCCAUGCUGUGUGUUUCAGUAUGAUGCUGUUGGUCCAGAAGCAUUAUAUUAUUAAAUGUCCAUAUACAGUCAUUUGCCAUGUUUUCAUUUUCAUUGCAAACCUCACUAGUUAUUUAAACAAAGUUUAGUGUAGCCUAGUUUUUGAUGAUUGUUGACGAAAUAUAAGCACAGGGUUUUGUUAUAACAUAAUUAUUUAAAUGGACCAGUCUCUUUUUAUUUUAUUUUGGAGCAUCUUUGUAAUGAAAACAUGGCACAUGCUAUUUAGUUUAAAGCUGGAAUUGUAAAAGUCAUACUUCAAUCCCUCAAUCCAAAAAUAUUUAGUUUCCUUUUGUCGCAGCUUUAUUUUUAUUUUCCCACUGGUGAUUUUAUCAUUAGAUGAUAUCAAACAUCCCAUUUUCUUCUUGGCUCUGUGUAUUUGUUGUUGGUCAUUUCUGUGUUGUUGAUUACUCAUCAGGCUCAAAUUCAGUAUCUGGUGCCUUAAAAGAUUUGACCAAAUUUAUAACACGAAAUCACAAGAAGAAUGGCUUGCUACCCUUUUGAAGUAACUUUAUUCCCAAUGUCUUGAUUUGUUCUCGACUGUAAGUAAAGGAAAUCCUACCCAGUAGAUUUAAGGGAUCAAAUGUUUACCCAUUUUCUUGUGUUUAAUGUUCUGUUCGCAGCACCAGCAGCUAACACGUCACAUUCUGUGUUCUCACUUUGUCCGACAUCUCCAUCCUACACUGUAAAAGUGUUCCAUGUGUAUCGUCUGUGAGCUCUUUGUCCGAUAGACAACUUUUCCUCCUGAUCCUAAAAGGAACAAUCUAAUGUGAAUAGUGUGCGCAUGGGUAGUGGGGACACCUGUAAAAAGAAUUGAAAAUGGGCAGUGUGUAUAUUGCUCAUUAUGUAAAUCAUGUGAACACACCUUGUACUUAUUUAACUUUUUGGAAUACUUGAAAACUAUAUAAAGUUUCUUUGUGACUCCUUUGCUGAGUUAGUAUAUAUUUUGUUGACACUAUAGUCACAUUUAAACAGUUCUGUCGUAGCCGAUACAUCACACAAUAUUUCCUACUCUGUGCUAUGUAAAUAUUCUCUCCAGAUGUGAUAAAACAAAGAUUUAUUUUUCAGCUCAAAAAUACAUCAACACACCAUCCUGGGACCCAGAAAAAUAAAAGUUGCAUUUUUCUUUCAUUAA